AUGACCAUCUCAAUGUCUAAUCAGACUGCUGUCACUGAGUUUAUCCUCCUCGGGUUUCCAGGUCUACAGCCGAAUUUCUUUCUUCCAGUCUCACUUACAAUGUUUCUUGCCUACAUUGUUUCACUGAUUGCAAAUAGCACAGUCAUCAUAUUAAUUAUCCUGAGAGAACAACUCCACCACCCCAUGUAUAUUAUUAUUGCUAACCUUGCUCUCUCUGACCUUCUCUUUGACACAAUAACAUUACCUAAAAUAAUUGCCAAAUAUUGGUUUGGGGCAGGGUCUAUAUCAUUCAACGGGUGCUUCUUCCAACUCUUCUGUGUCCAUUCCCUUGGAAGUCUUGACUCCUUCAUCAUUAUGCUGAUGGCUAUUGAUCGUUAUGUUGCUAUCUGCAAACCUCUCAGGUAUCACUCCAUUAUAAAUAAUAAGGUGGUGACUCUUCUUUGUUGGUUUUGGUGGCUCUGUGCUGCUCUAAUUGGAUUGAUGAUUGCUUUAAUGACCGGUCAACUCCCUUACUGUGGACGUAACCGUGUUGAGAACUGUUUCUGUACCAAUGCAGUGGUAUUAGUGUUGGCAUGUGCUGAUAUCACCUUGGAAAGAAAGAAACGUUUUAUAAUUGCUUGGUCUGUGCAUCUCUUCCCAUUGACUGUUAUUAUUCUCUCAUAUAUUCUCAUAAUCAGGGUUGUGCACUUAUCAGCCAACAAUGAGAAUUGGCAGAAGGCAUUUUAUACCUGUACCACUCAUUUAUUAGUCAUUGGCUUGUACUUUAUUCCCAGGUUGUUUGUAUAUAGUACAAGUCAGAUCCCUUUGAUUCUCCCACCUGAUUUAAAUGUGUUACUUAUUUGCCUCUACACAUUUAUCCCCCAUUUAGCCAGCCCCAUUAUUUUUUGUCUUAGAACCAAAGAAAUUAGAAAUAUGUUAGGGCUCACGUUCAAUAGAUUAUUCCACCUGAAAUCCGAGCACAAAUCUAGUACCCAAUAA